AUGAAAGCAAGGUGGCUUUUCUCUCUCUUUUGUUUGCUCUCAGUGCCCAGUAUCACAAGCCAGACUGCAGUUGUCAUUACCCAGACAGAAGUGGUCCAUGCUCUGCCAGGUACUGACAUCACCCUGGUGUGCGUGUUCCCAAAAUUGCACAGUACCCACAUCAUACAGACACAGUGGUCCAAGACUGACAGCAGCCCCUCUACCAAAAUACCUGUAUAUCACCCCACCUAUGGCUCCCAUUACUUCAAGUUUUCUGAGGCUCCUUACAACUUUUCGGUGUCCUUCAGCACAAGGAUGUGCUGCAGUGGGGACGACAUAGGGUCUUUGUGUUCCACCAAUCCAAAUGCCAUGUCUGAAUGCAAUUGGUGGGUGCUGCACCUGGAAAAUAUUACUGUGUCCCUUACUGGGCAGUACAAAUGCGCUUUUGCUACUUACCCAUAUGGGACAAAGGCCGCAAAAAUUUAACUUACUGUCAAGGCAGAAGCUUACCCUGAGAUCUUCAUUAGCUUGGAGGAGAGCUCAGCCAGCACCUCGCAGAAGCCUAAUGUGAGCUGUGUCGUGAGGAAGGCAUUUCCCAAGCCAAGCCUCCUGUGGUACAUGGACAGAGCGAACCUGACAGAGCAGCCUGGAAAAAUUUCUGUGGUACAAGAAGACUAGCAAGACAGUGAAGGUUUCUAUGAGUUGAGAUCAACACUGAUGUUCCAAGGGACCCAUAAGACACAUAAGACAUUCUCAUGUGUGUGUCUGUUUCCCUUCCUGGGAAAUGAAAUGAAGAUUAUUUCAUCAAAAGAAAUAUUUAUUUCCUUCGACAAUAAGUCUAAUGAAGCCUCAGCUGAAGUUUUUACUACCAUGGUUUCAGAUGACUUCCGUAAUUCGACACUUACAUCAGCUAUCAUGACAGCCUCAACACAGCUGACAUCUGUGGCCUCUCUGGAUUUCACAAGUCCAGCAAAUUUGACUCCUGCUUCCACAACACAAGGUGACAGGAGGAACACCAAAACCAGUUGCUUCCCCUGGCCAAGAGUGGUAGCUGUCCUGCUCCUCCUCUGCAGCACUCUGGUAGCUUUAGGCAUCAGGAAAUGGUGUCAGUACCAGAAAGAGAUUAUGAACAGACCUCCAUCUUUUAAGCCACCACUGCCUCCAAUAAAGUACACCUCCAUGGUAGAGUCUGAUGGGACUCCCCCAUCCUGCCAUGAACUAGAAAGCCUGUAA